AUGUCUCCAUACGCGAUCUUCGUACUUCUGGCACUUCUAGCUAUCACCUCUGCAAAGAACAGUGAUACCAUAAGUGUCGGAGGACCUUUUGACUGGAACAACUAUAACUACACCAGUGGAAACGGAAACGGAACCAUAUCCGUGAAAGUCCCUAAUGGAGGCAAUGGCGGAAAUAACAAUGGUGGAAAUAAUGGGCAGCCUGGCGAUGAAGACGAUGAUUAUCAUCCGAACAUACCCCGCGUAAAUUAAUA